AUGGAGUUGAGGUUUGCAAUGUCACAACAGCGGUUAAAUACAUUGAAGGUAUGUUGAGUACGACGGAAGCGAACAUAUCAGUAUCGAUACAACAACAUCUUUCACAAUUGAUGUUUACGUUUUUACAGUCAGUAAGUUGGUGUUAAUUUCUUUAUAGUUAUUGUAUCAGAAUACUGUUAUUUAUUGUAUCAGGAUAUGUCAGUUAUUGUAGUUACUGUAUCAGAAUACAGUAUGUAUUUAUCAUUUAGGACACAGAGUUCAAGGCCAAGAACAAGAUUGACAUAAGUCAUCAGUUGAAAGAGAUCCGAGACGUGGCUUGUCGCUUGACAGUCAUAAAUGUAGCUCGUAAACUAACGACUUUAAACGAGACUCUGUAUGGACAAGUAUCUGAUGAUGGUCUUAUUGAUCUGCAUCAAAUUAUGUAUGGGAUCAAUAUGAUUCAAGAUGUAAGUUAUACUUUUCGAGUUCAGUAUACCAUGAGCAAUAUAAAGGUAGCUAUUAGCACGCGUUGCUUAUAAUAACGUUAUAGAAAAAGAUAAAGUAAAUAAAUCAUAGCACUAUAUAAAAUAUUUAAAUUAUAGACAAUUUCCAACAGAUUUACUGAAAAUCGCCUGCACUAUCAUUACAUUGAGUUCGGACCGUUCCGUGAAGCCCUUUACAACCUAUACUCUACUGGCAGAAGGGUCAAGUUCAACAUUCAUAAGCUGGUUAGGGACUUCUAUGAAGCUGUUAGGUUGGGUAAAUCGGAAAUGAACAAACCACCAGCUGAUAAAAUGCCCCAACCAGUGUAUGAAAGAAUGGUAGCGACCAUGAAGGAAAAAGGGUUCAGCGACAAAGACCUACAACCACUAUUUGAUACUGUAAAAAAUGUUGAAUGGAAUUGA